CCCUGUCCGAUAAGGCUGGCUUAUCUGUCGCGGGAGACGAGGCUUCCAGGUUUUGUCAACACAAUCAAGUCCGCCGACCUACCUAAGAGUACAGUGUUCCUUUGCAAACCCCCGUCGCCUUACGUUGCGCAACCCAUCCCAUUCGUCGCAUUUGCAUACCUUACCUUACUUCACUGUCUAAACCACCAUCAAUAUUUUAUUCAGCGCUUGAUUCCUCCCCUUUCACCUACCUAGCUAGACCUGCCUCGAACCUACCUUGCCAACCCGCGCUGGCGCCAGCGCAUAACGGCUUGGUUGUUGCCGACUCUUUGACUGCUUUGCAAUAAUAUCUUCCACGCGCCGGCUACGCACAUUACUGAAUCGGAACGCCAAGAUACCACCAUGGGCAAGCGUAAAAGUUCAAGCAAGCCUCAGGGUCCCAAGAAGAAAGACCCUCUUCCUUCCAAGUUCACAUGCCUCUUCUGCAAUCACGAAGACUCCGUUGCUGUAAAGCUGGAUAAGAAAGCGGGUGUCGGUUCGCUGGACUGCAGAGUGUGCGGCCAAAUGUUCCAGUGCAGCAUUAACUAUCUCUCGGCUGCUGUAGACGUGUAUGGCGAGUGGGUAGAUGCAGCAGACGCCGUUGCAAAAGAAGCAGGGCCCACCGGUGGAAGCCAGAACAAAAUCUCCAACGCCCGUCGCGCACCACCCAGCCGACCAGUGAACGACGACGACGAAGACGACCGGAGAUACGGAGGCGAGGGCAUCGAUGUGGACGAUGACGAAUACUAGAUGACCAGAUGACCAAACACCCCUUUUGGCAGACAUCAUGAAUCGGUUAUGAGGCGGGGUUGGAGGCCCGGGUCGUGGACGGGUAGUGGCAGCAGCGCGGGGAAAUCGAACAAACUGAGCAUCGAGAAUAUCCGAGUCCCAGGCGCAUACAACCAACGGUCCCUGGGCAGCCGGCGUCCAUUAGACGGUGUAAAACCUGUCGCCGAAAUCGCCGAGGCCGGGGAUGAUGUAGCUGUAUCAGCCCAUUAGCAAAGACACGACAGCAUCGCAAGAUGCAGACUCACUUCUUCUCGUCCAAGCCCUACCGAGGUGUCAGUUUAACUCGUAUACUACAGUCGAGGCUGUAGUGCUUACCUGGUCAACAAAUGCCGUGACAACCCUGAGCUUGGGGAACUUGGCAGUGAAGUUCUGGAUACCCUCGGGGCUGGCGAUGAGAUUCAAAAACAGAAUACGGUCCUCGGGAACACCCCUGGCCUUGAGAACCUGCACGGCCAUGAUGGCUGAGCCACCGGUGGCAAACAUCGGAUCCAAGAGGAGCACCCAGCGCUGGGCAAUAUCCUCGGGCAGCUUGUCGUAGAAGAGCUUAGGCUGAGCCGUUUCCUCGUCACGCUGGAUCAGGAUUUUGCCAAUCCUCACAGAGCGGCAGCAGUCCCGCAAUCCUUGCUCCAUGGCCUCACCAGCGCGCAUGAUGGACACACCGCAGAUUUUCCCCUGAAACAUGAGGCCAGAAUAGGUCCGGCCUAUGGGCGUAGUCACGUCAUGCUCAACGGUAGGCAAGUGAUUCAGACCCUCCUCGACGAGCAGGCGAAUGAUGCGGUUGGAGUAGAAGAUGAAGUCACCACGCUCCGUAUUUCUGUCUCGAAUGAUGCUAUAUCGAGACAAGUAAGUUGACUGUGAAACUCGGAGAGGAGGGCGAGCUCGAGUGUCCGCCAGACGUCGUCAGCUCGACCUGGAACUAGCUACCAUAGUGUCGAGGACAAUAUAGUAUAACGCAAGCAACGAGAAACAGCAUGGAAUGGGCCACUUACGUGAGGAGGGCGAUGAGCUGAGGCGUCUGGGGCAGGACAAUAACGUUGUCCGAGUUGACCUCAGUGGAGACGGUUGCCGUGGGUUUCUGGCUCUCUGAGCGGUACAAAGGGCCGACGCAUUGUGUAGGGCCGCUGUUGCUGGCGGGCUUGGAGUCUUGACUUGCCAUUUUCAAGUAGUUUAGCUUAGGUAUGACAUGGAAUGAGAGGGAUGGAGAUGUUGCGUGUGUGGCAAUCGAAGAGCUGGGGCUUGGGGUCCUAAGUUGGAGGGGAAGAGCAAGUACCUCUGCACAGUUGAACGUUCGCA